AGGACAGCUAGGAAGGUUUGAAAAUCACUUUGGAUAUGUCAGAAACCGGCUAUGGCAGGAAAUGCCAAUGGAAGAACCAAUGCGGUCCAAAGCAGAGGGCUGGAUAACUCUGAGGAGAUACAGAGGACAGAGUUUUAUCAUCUCCAUGGCAGGAUAUGGAGGUCUUUCUAUGGACUGUAUCCCUACAAGUCAAGCAUGAUCGGUCUGGAGUCGCUGGCAGAUCCAUCUUCUGAUUGGGACAUCAUAGAAACAAUUGGGAAAGGAACAUACGGCAAGGUCUACAAAGUCAUCAGUAAGAAAGAUGGAAGUCAAGCAGCAGUGAAAGUUUUGGAUCCCAUUAACAAUCCCAGUCACACUAACAGAGAUGUGGAUGAGGAAAUUGAAGCGGAGUACAACAUCCUGCGCUCGCUGUCCAACCAUCCCAAUGUGGUGAAGUUCUUUGGCAUGUUCUACAAAUCAGAUGAGCUCUCUGGAGGGCAGCUAUGGCUUGUUUUGGAGCUGUGUAAUGGAGGUUCAGUAACUGACCUGAUAAAGGGUUUGCUGAUGAGAGGGAAACGUCUUGAGGAGCCCAUCAUCUCCUACAUCCUGUAUGGAGCGCUUCUGGGUCUCCAGCAUCUUCACAACAACAGAAUAAUCCACCGUGAUGUGAAGGGCAACAACAUCCUCCUCACCACAGACGGUGGAGUCAAACUGGUGGACUUCGGUGUCUCAGCUCAGCUGACGAGUGCCCGUCUACGCCGAAACACAUCCGUGGGAACCCCGUUCUGGAUGGCACCUGAGGUGAUAGCAUGUGAACAGCAGUAUGACUACUCGUAUGAUGCCCGCUGUGAUGUGGGGUCUCUGGGCAUCACUGGAUCCCCAUGCACGCCGCUGAUGGUCACGGCGAGUGCAUCUGAUGCUUGGGGAGAUCCUACACUGAAGAUGCGCUCACGGAGACGGAAUGUCCUCAUUGAGCCAGCGAGGAAAAAACAGCAGGGCAGAGGACCUCGGCGCACGGAGACGAGCGAUCUCACGCCGGCCCCGCCCCCGCGUGCCUUGCUCUCUCCUCAGAGAGAGGGUUCCCCCAUCCUCUUCUCCCAGCCAGACCAGUAUCCCUCCACGGCUGCGAGCGAUCUGGUCUGGUUUGGUGGGAGCGAGUGUGACGCGGUUGAUGACAGCUUGUCUUUGGCUGCCUCCAACACAGAGGAGCUGUCGGGCUCAAUCAAUGACCCCGCCCCCCCGCCGCCUACGGAGUACAGCGAGCCCAAGCCAGGCAUGGAUGGCGAGCUCAUCCGCAUCCUGUUAAAGGCUGUAGAGGAGCUGGGAUUGGAGUGGACUCCACCGGAGGAGCCCAAAAGAUGCCUCCCCUGGACGAGUCUGUGGCAGCGCAUCUCUGCCCACCCACGGCUAUCGGCUGGAAGGCGAAUAUCGCUCACCCAUCCAAGCCAUGCAGGACGACGUCAACCCUCGCCGGACGAGACUACGCGUCUGCUGGACAAGCGGCCUCGGCGCUUCAUUCCAUGGCGUUCUUACAGGUGUUUGAUAAAGGAUUUUGAGACACGUCCAUCAGUGACGCAUCUGCUGGAGCAUCCAUUCAUUAAACAGGCUCAAGGAAAAGACACGUCACUCGGACAGCAGCUGUCGGUCCUCAUCCGCGAGCAACAGGACGUGGGCAACCGGAUCAAGACCAGGCAUGAGCGGAUCAAUACUCGCAAAACCCUGAUCAUUGAGAGCUGUCCUGAUGAUGAUCUGGUGGACCUGGAGGUUUUAGAUGAGGAAACAAUCAUUGCACAUCUUCAGAGACGGUAUCAGGAGCUGCAGAUCUACACAUAUGUUGGUGACAUCCUCAUAGCGCUUAACCCUUUCCAGAACCUCAACAUCUACUCUCCACAGUUCUCAAAGCUCUAUCAUGGGAUGAAACGCUCCACUAACCCCCCGCACAUCUUUGCCACCGCUGAUGCAGCCUAUCAGAGCAUGGUCACCCUCUCCAAAGACCAGUGUAUAAUCAUUAGUGGAGAAAGUGGAGCCGGUAAAACUGAGAGUGCCCACCUCAUCGUCCAACAUCUCACAUUUCUGGGAAAAGCUAAUAAUCGAACACUUCGUGAGAAGAUUCUUCAGGUGAAUCCCCUGGUGGAGGCGUUUGGGAAUGCGUGCACGGCCAUUAACGAUAACUCCAGCCGCUUCGGAAAGUACCUGGAGAUGAAGUUCACACCUACAGGGGCCGUGAUGGGUGCUAAGAUCUCUGAGUAUCUUCUGGAGAAAUCAAGAGUCAUCAAACAGGCUACGGGCGAGAAAAACUUCCACAUAUUUUACUACAUCUAUGCUGGUCUUUACCACCAAGACAACCUCAAGAAAUACAGGCUACCCAACAAAACUGCCCCCAGAUACAUUGAUUGUGUUAAUGGUAAAGUAAUGCAGGACAUAGUCUCUAGCAAACUCUACCAGGAGCAAUUUGAUGCAAUUCAGGACUGUUUCCGUAUCAUAGGAUUUACUGAAGAGGAAGUGAAUUCUGUGUACAGAAUUCUAUCAGGCAUUUUAAACACAGGAAAUAUUGAGUUCACAUCCACCAGCUCCCAACAUCAGAGCGACAAGAGUGAGGUGCCCGACUCUGAGGCCUUAGAUAAUGAAAGAGUUUCACAUAUCGAGUAUCAGAGCGAGGGUGUAGAUGCCAGUCUGGUGGAAUAUGAGGACAACAGGCCCAUUCUGGACAUGUUUCUUCAGAAGCCCAUGGGUUUACUGUCUCUGCUGGAUGAGGAGAGCCGUUUCCCACAGGCCACCGACCAAACACUUGUCGAUAAGUUUCAGGAUAACCUGAGAAACAAGUACUUCUGGACGCCCAAGCGUGUGGAGCUUUGCUUCGGGAUCCAGCAUUAUGCUGGCAAGGUGCUGUAUAAUGUCAGUGGUUUUCUGGAGAAGAACCGGGACACUCUUCCUGCAGACAUUGUGGUGGUUUUGAGGACUUCAGAGAACAAACUCCUGCAGCAGCUGUUUUCCAGCCCUCUGACUAAAACAGGUAACCUGGCAACAUCCAGGGCAAGAGUGACAGCAGCAUCCAGAUCUCUACCUCCACAGCUCAACAGCGGGAGAAAUAAGUCUCCUAAAUAUCUGCUAAAGGUGGACACCAUGGAAAUGAUGCGUCACCCAGAGGAAACCACUAACAUGAGGAGACAGACAGUGGCAUCUUAUUUCAGGUACUCUCUCAUGGACCUGCUGUCUAAGAUGGUGGUGGGAACUCCUCAUUUCGUCCGCUGUAUCAAACCAAAUGAUGACCGGCAGGCUCUGCUCUUCAAUAAGGAGCGCGUGAUGGUUCAGCUGCGUUACACCGGAAUCCUAGAGACCGUCAACAUCCGCCGGCAGGGCUAUUCUCACCGCAUACUCAUCGAGGAGUUUGUUAACAGGUAUUACUAUCUGGCCUUUCGUGCCCAUCAGAUGCCAGAGGGCAGCAGAGAGAACGCCAUUAUUAUACUGCAGAGAGCCAAACUGGACAACUGGGUCCUGGGCAAGACCAAGGUAUUUCUGAAGUACUAUCACGUGGAGCAGCUCAAUCUGAUGUUGCGGGAGGUGAUCGCGCGGGUGGUGUUGAUGCAGGCCUACACCAAAGGCUGGCUGGGAGCUCGGCGAUAUCGGAGAGAGAGAGAGAAACGCAACAACGGGGCGAUUAUUAUACAGUCAGCCUGGAGGGGUUAUGUGGCCCGUCAGAAUCUGAAGCAGAUAAAGAGAGAGCGUGAGCAGGCUGCUGUACGAAUCCAGUCAACAUACAGAGGCUACAGAGUCCGGAAAGACUACAAACAGAGUCAACAAUGGACUGGGUAUCUGUUUGUUCUAUACAGUAGGUCUCCUACAGCACGUCCCAGUGAUGUUGUGGUUGUCUCUGUCAGCGCAGACGCGGGCAGCAGAGAGGACAGCUCCGGUGACGUGUCUGUGCUGAAGACAGACAAACAGAGUGACAGCAGUGAGAGAGAUGGGCUGCAGGAGAAGGGUCCAACGGUGAAGCUACAUCACCGUUCCCCUCGGCGAAGAGGACAGCAGCCCAAGCUCCUGAACAGCCCGGAAGACAGUCUUUAUUACAACCAUCUCAACAGAAGUCUGGAUUAUCAGGGGAGCAAGAGGAAACCCAGAAAACUGGGGCAGAUCAAGCUUCUGGAUGGAGAGGAUGAAUAUUAUCAAUUACUGUCUACAAUAGAGUCCGUCCCUGAGGAGGAGGUUUUAUCUGGCUCCUCCCCAAACCCUAAGACUGUCACACCCACUGGCCCUCCCGCUAUCUCAUCCAGAUGAGCUGUGCUCAGCCCACCGCUUUGGCGCGUGCUGACAGUUGAUUGCCUUCUCCAGCCUUUUGCUGCAAAAUGUGCUGUAUAUAUAAAAUAAUGAGGGGUAAUUAUUUAUGCAUGCGUUAUUUUCUCAGUAUUUGGAUUUAUGUAUUUAUUAUGAAAGACAAAUGUGCUCUUUAUCAGUUUUCUUGUAAAAUAAAAAGGGUAAAUACAUACUGUGGUUAAUUAUAUAAGGACUGUCCAUGGCAGACUGUUGAACUGUUAAUAUUUAAAAUAAUAUGUUGCCAAACAACAUGAUUAGAUGAUUGAUGGCUGACUCGCUGUGCUUCGUUUGUUACUUUUGUUUUUCCCGUUUGGUCUGAGCUGUUUAUGAGCGACAGACCACAGAACAAAGUGUGUACAUCCUCUUGAGAGAAAGUGAUCAGCUGCUCAAUAAUGUUCACUUUAUUGAAGCAGAGCGUGUAAAUGAGCAGGGCUGUAAUGUGAGACUAGCUGUUCCACUAACAGUUUAGUACAGAUCUUAAAUUUGCAUCGCUGCUUCUCAUGUCGAUAUUAUAAAACUCCCUCUGGUAAUCGAUUCAUUCCAACUACACAAGUUUCAGAAAACAUAACAUCUGGAAAGUAACACACUGCAUGGUCUUGAAUGGCAUGGUUGUGAGUUGGGGUGAAGUUUCAGCCUUGU